AUGAGAUGCCUUCUUUUUCUCGCAUCUUUAGGCCUUGUGGCCGCUGAGAACGGCUUAGAUGGCUGGCUUCGUUACGCUUCGCUGCCAUGCUCCCAUCAAUGCCAAUCCAAGCUCCCUGCUAGUAUUAUGUUACUAAAUGUGACCGAGACCAGUCCCGUAUAUGCUGCAGGCUCGGAAAUACAGGACGGAUUGAAGCGCAUCUAUGGAGCUCAUGCUCAAAUCAGCCAGAUCCAAUGCAAGACAUCUUCCUCUACCGUUGUCGUCGGCACGGUGGAACAGUAUCGCAAGACAUGUGGAUCAUCCAGCGAAAUCCCAGAGCUGGAGGAAGAUGGUUUCUGGCUCAGCACCGAAGGCCCGAAGAUUCGUAUUCUUGGAUCAACUGAGAGUGGUGCACUGUACGGUGCCUUCGAGUACCUGUCGAUGCUGGCACAGGGCAACUUGUCUGAAGUCUCCUACGCCACGAACCCCUCUGCGCCAAUUCGCUGGGUGAACCAGUGGGACAACAUGGACGGUACAAUUGAGCGAGGCUAUGGUGGUCCUUCAAUAUUCUUCAAUAACGGCGCUAUCGUCGACGACCUAACUCGAGUCAAGCAAUAUGCCCGCUUGCUCGCGUCGAUUCGAAUCAACGCUGUGGUGGUCAACAACGUGAACGCCAAUGCUACUUUGCUUACUCCCGAGAAUCUCAAAGGCCUUGGCCGAAUUGCGGACGUUUUCAGGCCGUACGGUAUCAAAGUUGGUAUCUCGCUCAAUUUCGCAUCCCCCGAAACCCUAGGUGGGCUGGACACUUUCGACCCGCUCGAUCCAUCGGUCAUCAGCUGGUGGAGCAACAUCACUGAGCAGGUAUAUCAACAUGUUCCAGAUAUGGCGGGCUACCUGGUCAAAGCGGACUCGGAAGGACAGCCCGGUCCUCAGACAUACAAUCGCACAUUGUCCGAUGGCGCGAACCUCUUCGCCAGAGCAGUGCAUCCAUACGGAGGCAUUGUUAUGUUCCGUGCCUUCGUCUACAAUCAACUCAAUGAGUCAAAUUGGACGGAGGAUCGUGCUAAUGCUGCUGUGAACUUUUUCAAAGAUCUGGAUGGCGAAUUCGAUGAUAAUGUGGUGGUGCAGAUCAAAUACGGACCUAUCGAUUUCCAGGUCCGCGAGCCAGCAUCUCCCUUGUUCGCUAAUCUCUUAAACACAAGCACUGCUAUGGAACUUGAGGUCACUCAAGAGUAUCUAGGCCAACAAUCGCACCUCGUCUAUCUACCCCCACUGUGGAAGACUGUCUUGGAUUUUGAUCUACGGGUAGACGGCAAGCCCUCUCUCGUGCGAGAUGUUUAUACUGGCAAGCGCUUCAAGCGCAAGUUGGGUGGUUCAGCCGCUGUUGUCAACGUUGGCACCAACACGACUUGGCUGGGCAGUCAUCUGUCCAUGUCUAAUCUCUACGCAUACGGCCGACUUGCAUGGAAUCCUACAGAUGAUUCUCAAACUAUGCUGCAAGACUGGAUUCGCUUGACAUUCGGCCUGGACCGAACAGUGCUCAACACCAUCACGAAAAUGUCCAUGGAGUCAUGGCCCGCAUACGAGGGCUACAGCGGGAAUCUGGGAAUUCAAACAUUGACCGAUAUCCUGUAUACUCACUAUGGACCGAACCCUGCCUCCCAAGAUAACAAUGGGUGGGGUCAGUGGACCCGCGCAGACCACAUAGGCAUUGGAAUGGACCGCACUGUGAGCAAUGGUACGGGUUUCUCUGGGCAAUACCCAGACGAGGUUGCUGCUAUGUACGAAAGCAUUGACACGACGCCGGAUGAUCUUCUACUUUGGUUCCAUCAUGUCAAUUACACCCAUCGCUUGCACUCCGGCAAGACAGUCAUUCAGCACUUCUACGAUGCGCACUACACCGGUGCGGCGACAGCGCAGACAUUCUUCACACAGUGGGAAUCGCUAAAGGGCAAGAUCGAUGAUGAGCGAUACAACCACGUCCUCCGUCUAUUGGAUUAUCAAUCUGGGCAUUCGAUCAUCUGGAGAGACGCGAUCAACAACUUUUACUACAACCUCUCCGGUAUUCCCGACACCGCCAACCGUGUGAACCAUCACUCGUGGCGUAUCGAAGCAGAGAACAUGAAAUUAGAUGGAUACAAGACAUACACAGUGAGCCCUUUCGAGACUGCCUCUGGCUCCAUGGCUAUUGUGACAACCUCGAAUGAAACUGUUGGUACGGCUACCACCAAAAUUAACUUUGCUUCUGGAACGUACGAUCUUGCGGUGAAUUACUACGACGCCUAUGGAGGGCAGUCUCAAUGGCAGGUCUACCUGAAUGACAACCUGGUCGGCGAAUGGGUGGGGAAUGGAGAGGAUGUUUAUAGCCACACUACUUCUAUCUAUCUGGAUGGACACUCUGCUAUUCGCAUCAAAUUCCGAGGUGUCGAGGUCAAGAAUGGAGAUACGCUGAAGAUUGUUGGCAAGCCUGAUGGAAUUGAGCCAGCACCAUUGGAUUAUGUGUCAUUUUUGCCUGAGGGGAUAGUGGAUUGA